AUGGGUCCCCCCCGCGCUGGGCCCUGCGGCCCGUCGCCGCCCUGCGCCCCCCGCCUGCGCAGGCUGCAGCGCCUGUGCGCCGACCUGGACCUGGACGCCCUGCUCUUCGUGGCGGGGCCCGACGGCAGGUACAACUUGGGAUCUGCGCAGGCGCUGGCCUACCUGUUCCAGGGCCGCUGCGACACCGACCCAAGGGACACGCCCCCCUUGGCGCCACACCUGCGCGACCUGGUGCUCAUGGUCACGCCAGAGGACGUGCGCCUGUGCUGCGACGGCCGGUCGAUGGCGCAGGCCUGGGCGCUGCUGGGGCCGCUGCGGGAGACCGCGAGGACCUUCCGCGCGGAGGGCCCAUCGGAGGAUGGCGAGGAUGGUGACGAUGGCCGGGAUGCGGGUGAGGGGGAGAGGAUCUGGGCGUUCCUGCAGAUGCUGGCGGGCGUGAGGCGGGUGGGGCUGCCCCUGGGGGUCGGCGCCGCCGGGGCGCGCAUGGAGGCGGAGAGGUGGCCGCUGGUGCAGGCGUGCGGCCUGGACGGCGUGGGCAAGGACGGCUUCUUCACGAUGAACUACGAGGUGCCGCGCCGUUCAGACGACAAGACGAAACGGAAAGGCCCCGCUGGGUGUUCCGUCUUUUCGUCUCUCCGUCUCUUCGUCGCUUUGUCUGUUCGCUGUUUUGCCAUCUUUUAUGUCAUUCUGCCGAGUUCUAAAGACUGA